AUGGUCGCUACCACGAUAUCGCCAGAGGCGCCUGUCAAUGGCAUUGCGCCCGCAAAGUCCAAUGGCGUUGUCGUUGUAACAGAAUUGAAGCAACACGACCACCACCAUCACCACGAGCCUACCGCGGUCAGUGCCAACCAAGAAACCAUCCGGGCGCCGCUACCGAACCCUUCGCUGGUAGUCACAGCCGAUCACCAGCUCAAGGCAGAGGAAGCGCCCGUUCUCGCACCAAAGGCGGGAGAGGCAUUGGUCCACGUCAAGGCUACCGGAGUGUGCGGGUCUGACAUCCACUUCUGGAAGACGGGCCGCAUCGGAACGCUUGUGUUCGAGGGAGACUGCAUCAUCGGCCACGAGGCAGCAGGUGUCGUCAUCCGCGUUGGCGAGGGCGUCAAGAACCUCAAGGCGGGAGACCGCGUCGCGAUCGAACCAGGCGUGCCCUGUGGCGAAUGCUUCCUCUGCGUCGACGGACGGUACAACCUCUGCGAAGAUGUCCAGUUCUCUGGCGUUUACCCAUACCAUGGCACGAUCCAGCGAUACAAGUGCCACCCGGCCAAGUGGCUUCACAAGCUCCCCGACAACAUCUCCUACGCCGAAGGCGCCCUCCUCGAACCCUUGAGCGUUGGCAUGCACGGCAUCCGCACCGCAGGCCUCUCUCUCGGCGUCGGCGCUGUCGUAUGCGGUGCAGGCCCCAUCGGCCUUGUCACCCUCGCCGCGGCGCGGGCCUCGGGCGCUCACCCGCUCGUCAUCACCGACAUUGAGCCCUCCCGCCUCGCCUUCGCCAAGACGCUGGUCCCGAGUGUCAUUACGUACAAGAUUGACCCCGCGCUUGGCAACGAGGGCAACGGCAAGGCUAUUCGCAAGCUGUUUGGCGACGACGAGUACAGCGCGCCCAGAACGGUGCUUGAGUGCACCGGUGUCGAGAGCAGCAUCUGCACUGCCGCUUUCACUGUUCGUCGUGGUGGUACGGUUAUGGUUAUUGGUGUUGGAAGGGAGAUUAUGAACAACUUGCCAUUUAUGCACAUUUCUCUUGCCGAGAUCAAGCUCGAGUUCAUCAACAGAUACCGCGACACAUGGCCUGCGGGUAUCGCCUGCCUGAGCAGCGGCAUCCUCGACCUCAAGAGCCUCAUUUCUCACACUUUCCCUCUCGAGAAGGCAGUCGACGCCCUUACCCUCGCGUCAGACUACAGAAAUGGUAGCAUCAAGGUUCAGAUUGUAGAUGAGACUGACUCGCCCAUCUUCUGA